GUGAUCGUGCCCUCUUCGGGCCUCAGCACCGAGUGGCCGUCGAGUGGCGCGUGCACUCCUCCCCGGACGGACGGGACGUGCUGGCUCGAGUCGAGUGAGACCCAGCUCCAGGCAUCCUCCUCCUCCUCCUCCUGCUCCUGCUCCUCCUCCUUGCAGACGUCAUGCAGUGCGGUCUGGAAUCGGGCGUUAGAGCGCAAAGCCCUAGUGUGCCAUUGCGGCUACUAGGCACGACGUCGCCACGUACGCUGGAAGGCGUGGGAGCGCAAAGACCUAGUGUGCCAUUGCGGCUACUAGGCAAUCUGUCGCCAGGUGAUCACGGGGGUCCAGUGAAAGAUCUUGCAUCUGGCGCGGACGGAAAAGGUGAAAGUACAAGAGCACAUGUGAAAGCAGAAAAAGACAUGACAAGCAAGGAGAGUUUGGCAAAAAGGAAGCAAUCUACGACGUACACGGAUGAAACUAAGCCCCUCGGCACAGGGGACCCCAGCUACGGAAUCGGCAAAAGCGGCAAACGCAAAGACGAACCAGAAGCUGGGAAGAAAGCGGCAAGAACAGGGAGUUCGGCGAAAAGGACGGAAGCAAAGAAAACAUCUCAUGGACAAGGCGGGAUUGAGAAUAUAAAACGAAGGCCCCUAGACGGAGGAGAGGAGAGAGCUGCAAAGGAAGCCAAGGGAAGACAAGCAACGAGAAGAGGAGAUAACCCAACGGAAGAAUUGCUGGAAUAAGACAAAGACAUCGACCCUGAAUAUCAAGCACACAGAGAAAGGAUGGCCCCGCUAUUCCAGAUGCUGAAAGAAGCCAAAUAAAGAAUGCUAAAAAAAACAAAGGCAGGAAAACACAUAAUAAUAAUAUAGCGACGGAGAGGAAAAAAAAGGAAAGCGGCCAAGAUACAGUAUGUGGACGACCACCCCCGUGACAUGGGGGACCAGAGGAAUGGGAAAGCCGAAAACACUGGGCGUAAAGGAAAAGCCCGAGAGGAAGGCAAAGAAAGCGGCAAGGACUGGGGGUACGGCGAAAAAGGGCGGACGAAGGCACGGCAAGUUCGAGCAGUACGACGAGAAGGACGCAGGCCACGAACCCCACGAAUGCGACUGAGCCCCUUGACGCAGGGGAAGCCGGCAGCUCAGAAGCAAGAGGUGCGCCCCCCGAAGAAAGAGAAAUGAAGUUACCCCGUGACAUGGGGGAAAGAAGAGCAAUGAUAAGAGGAGCAAAACCACGAGAAGAAGAAGAAGACCCACAAGAGCUGAACGAACAGGAACCUGUACACGACGGAAGAGCUGAGAGGGAGAAGAUGGUUCCGCGAUCCCGCAUGCUGAAAGAAAAGCUGAAGAAAGAAAGCUACGAACGUUGAACCAGGAAAGACGAGUAGAAGUUACGGAGGAAGGCGGGAAGAGAGCAAUGAACAAUGAAGCAGGAAAGAAAGCGGCAAGAAUUGGGAGCACGACGAAAAGGGCGGACGAGAGCGCGGCAAGGCCGAGAAGCACGACGAGAAGGAUGCAGGCCACAAACCCCUUCGAAAAAGACAGAGCCCCUUGACGCAGGGGAUGCCGAAAGCGCAGAAGCAAGAAGUGAGCCCUUCGACGUAGGAGAAAUGAGGUUACCCCGUGACAUGGGGGAAAGAAGGACAGCGAGAAGAGGAGCCAAGCCACGAGAAGAGGACCCACAAGAGCUGAAAGAACAGGAACAUGACCAAGAAGGAAAAGCUGAAAGAGAAAAGAUGGCCCCGCUCUUCCGCCUGCUCAAAGAAGCUAAAGAAAGAAAGCUACGAAAACUGAUCAAGGAAACAAGAGGAGGAGAAGCGGACGAGGCCGAAAGCAGAGGAAAGAACAAGGACAUCUCGGAGAACCAGGCCCCCGAGAGCUACCUGGACUCUGAGGUGGCGGCGGCCCCAGACCCGCCCCAACCUCACCACGUGAGAAAUGAAACUGCUGGG